GUUGAGCAAGCAUAAGAAGAAGAAGAAAAUGAGGUCGAGGGCUGUCGCUAUAGGAGAGGUUGAGAUCGACGAAAGGGACCGCAAAGACUAUUUUUCACCUUCUACGGGGCUUUUUGAAGACUACUGCUCCAGCAUCAUCGCACGCUAUGGCCUUAACACGCCAGGUAUGAUCCAACAACGUGAGGUCAAUAAUGUCCAGUAUGACUACCAUGACGAGAUGUCGCCUUCCGAGAAGAUUUUUACGGUCACGACAAGUGAUGGGGCUGUGUUCUAUAGUCGGACGGUUGUGUUAGCCAUUGGGCCUGGAAGGACGAAGGUUUUCCCAUUUAAGCUAACGGAUGAAGAGGCAAACGGGGGUUGCCAUAGUACGGAGAUUCGAUCAUUUCCAAGUCCCAAUGUGAAAAGAAAGAUUCAGCAACGUCAGCAGACAAACUUGAUGGUUGUUGGCGGAGGGCUCUCUUCAGCUCAGAUAGUGGAUAUGGCUAUCCGGAAGGGGGUGAGCAAGGUGUGGUUCCUGUUAAGGUCCGAUUUCAAAGUCAAACACUUCGAUAUCGACCUGACUUGGAUGGGCAAAUUCAAAAACUACGAAAAGGCAGCUUUCUGGUCCGCAGACACGGACGAAGAGCGCCUCGAGAUGAUCAAGACAGCUCGCAAUGGAGGCAGCAUUACACCGCGGUACCAGAAAAUCCUGAAGCAGCAUGCAGCCCGCCACCGUGUCUCGAUCCACUCUCGUACAGUCAUCCUGAGCCGUGAGUACUGCCCCAUGUCUCAGACAUGGCGCCUCACCACUGAUCCUCCAAUUCCCGACCUACCUCGCAUCGACUACAUCUAUUUUGCAACAGGUAUGCAGGCGGAUGUGAAUGAACUUCCACUGCUUCAGCAGAUGAACCGUGAAUAUCCGAUUGAGACUAAACAGGGUCUGCCGUGCAUCACGGAUGAUCUCAUGUGGAAGGCGGAUUUGCCUUUGUUUGUAACUGGACGGCUGGCUGCCCUCCGCCUAGGUCCGGGAGCCCCUAAUCUUGAAGGAGCGAGGCUGGGGGCAGAGAGAAUUGCGUGGGGGAUGGAGGAGGUGCUGGGGCGGAGGGAGAGCGAGGAUACACCUGCUGAACGAUCGAAAGAGUGUUUCUGUGGCUUGGGAAAUCGAUAUGCUGGGCUAGCUGAUGUGAAUUGA